UUGUGUAUCUGUCUCAGGGCCCGCCCUUAAAUAAUUUUUCUCAUCUAAACUGUGGGGAUGUAUAAACAGGACCGAAUAGUUAUCUAGUAUAUGUGUAGAAGAUUACAUGUAUUGUGGGAUGUGCAUAUAAAAAGAGGGAAACAAAAGGGAAGGAGCAGUUUUGAGGGGGAAACAAUACUCUGUUGUUGUGGUUGUAAUUUGUGAGUUUCAGUGGUAAUAAGAACGGAAAGAGAGGUAGGAGAGAGGAUGGGAAGAGGUAGGGUGGAGCUAAAGAGGAUAGAGAACAAGAUCAAUAGGCAAGUAACUUUUGCUAAGCGAAGAAAUGGGCUAUUGAAGAAAGCUUAUGAGCUCUCAGUUCUAUGUGAUGCUGAGGUUGCUUUGAUCAUCUUCUCCAAUAGAGGAAAGCUCUAUGAGUUUUGCAGUAGCUCUAGAGUGACGCUGUACAGCAUGGUCAAGACGCUAGAGAGGUAUCAGAAAUGCAACUAUGGAGCACCUGAGCCCAACAUAUCCACCAGGGAAGCACUGGAGCUGAGUAGUCAGCAGGAGUAUUUGAAGCUUAAAGCACGCUACGAAGCUCUACAAAGAUCACAAAGGAAUCUUUUGGGCGAGGACCUUGGUCCUUUAAACAGCAAGGAACUUGAAUCAUUGGAAAGGCAGCUUGAUAUGUCGCUGAAGCAAAUCAGAUCAACACGGACUCAAGUAAUGCUGGAUCAGCUCACUGAUCUCCAGAGAAAGGAACAUGCUUUGAACGAGGCAAACAAAACUCUAAAACAAAGGCUGAUGGAAGGAAACCAAGUAAAUCUCCAGUGGAAUCCAAAUGCACAGGAUGUUGGGUACGGCCGACAACCAGCUCAUGCUCAGGGUGAUGGUUUUUUUCAUCCAUUGGAUUGUGAACCGACAUUACAGAUUGGAUACCAGAAUGAUGCAAUAACAGUGGCAGCGGCAGGCCCGAGUGUGAAUAACUACAUGGCAGGUUGGUUACCAUGAUCAGAAGAAAAAAUGCCUGUCAUGCUAAUGAUUCCUUUCAUAAGACUCGAUGCAAUUGAUGUUCUAUGUAUUUUUAUUUUGACUAAAGAACUUGUGUAAUAGCGUGAAUUUUCAUAAGACACUAUUAUUAUAAUCUCCUAAUGUGGACGAACCUUAAGUCA